GUCAAAAGCAUCAUGUGCAUCUUAAUCAAAAUCGAAUUUUCGUCAUGAAUACUUAUAUGAAUGUGUAUAACGAUGGAUACAAAACGAUUGUUGGCUUUAUUCUGGUUAUCAGCACUAGCGUGCGGCCGAAGAUUAAACGAGUACAAUAAAGAAAACAGUACAAACGAGGACUUGCCUAUUACAUCAAUUGACACUCAAGACGAUUUCGACUCUCGAAGCUAUGGAUUUCAAGGACCAGAAAUGGAUUCUCCAGAUGGAUUUAUACCUGAAGUAUCUGAUACAUGGAUUCCUACAGAUUCGUCAAAUUCAAUGGCUAAACAAAUUCAUGAUUCUGAUAUUGUUGAUUACGGAGAACCAGAAAAUCCGGAACAGCUAAGUGAACCGGAAGAGAUGGACUCAUUAGAAAGACUUACUGAAUCAAAUAAUAAUGAAAAUUCUAAAGGUGGCAAUGGAGAUUUCGAGCAAGUUAAAAAAGUAAAAGAGGUGUCGUCGAUAAUCUCGUUGAAACCAAAAGAACAUAAUAGAUCACUAGAUCCAAUAAGUGAUCAACAAGGUCGUUCUCCUAUGAGAAUCAUACGACCUAUGAGAGAUUUGAGUAUAAUUGUCAGAAAUCGGCAACAUCCUGUAUUAAUUGCCCGUCAAAUACCUGUUCAUUGGAUACAUCGCAACCAUCACCGUCCACAUAAACCACCAUAUCCACAUAAGCCUUUGCUUCCACAUAAGCCAGCACAUCCACACAAGCCUGUGCAUCCACAUAAACCUCACAAACCUCAUAAACCUCACAAACCUUCGAAGCCUAAACACAAACCAUGUAAACCAUGUGAUCCUAAAGUUCAUAAAAAACACAAGCCAAAAAAACCAAAAAAAAAGCAUAAAAAAGAUCACUGUCACCAUCCCACUCCGAAGAAACCUCAUCAUAAACGAUUAUUAUAUUAUGCUCCUGUACCUACUUAUUACGGGCCACAUAUUCCGGUUAAAUUGGUCAAACCAAAUACUAGUUAUUCGGUAAGCGAAAGCUUAGAGCACGAUGAUGUAGAAGCUGAUACUGAAAAACCGUUUAAUGAAGAAAUUGAAGAAGACGUAGAAGAGCAUAGGUUAGCAGAGUUGAGUGAACCUUUUGAGGAAGAGGUUGUUGACGAAAGUAAAGUAAAAUCAUAUGAAAAUUUUAAAGAGUAAAA